CGGUUGCUUUCUCUCGUAUAUAAGUAAUUGGCUACUCCAGUGCGCGGCUGCCCUUCUCAACGCGACUUGUCAAUUCAGUCAAUCAACAAUAUGGGCGACCACAGAGAAGCUGGACAUGGCAACUACGCUCAGGAUGAAAUCGCUCCGGCUGAUGAGUCUACGUUCCUCCUUCCCAAGGAUGUCGGAGAUGUUAAAAGCAAGAUCCUCAGUACCAACUUUGCCGCAUUGAUGGCCGGGCUGAACGUAGAAUGGGCCGACCAUAAAGAUGCUGCAUUGGGCCCUCUGAUCCCGUACAUACAACCGACUUAUGAUGUUGGUCUUCUGCAGGUGUCCAUCAUCUACCUAGUCAACUUUGUGGGUUGGGUUGUCGCCUCAUUCGCCAAUAUUCAUGUCUGUUCCCAUAUAGGAACGGGCGGUACACUGGUCCUGGGAGCAACCAUUCAGUGUCUCGGCUAUGCCUUGAUGUUCUGGAGUCCGCCUUUCCCCCUCUUCGUGGCAGCAUUCUUCUUCACUGGUUGCGGCGUAGCUUUCCAAGAUGCCCAGAUGAACAUGUUCACUAUAACUGUCAAGGACGCCCAUCGGUGGCUGGGCAUUUUGCAUGCCGUGUAUGGCGUCGGAACCAUUCUCGCUCCAUUGAUCGCCAAUACGAUUGCCUCGAGAAUGCCAGUCUGGCACCACUACUACCUUGUGACCAUGUUGCUCGGCGUACUAAACAUCACAUCUCUGGUCUGGACCUUCAGAAAGGGGCUCUUCCGUCCGAAUGUGAGCAAUGCGAAGGAGACGGCCGGCAAGGAGCUUCGAGAAACAGUGUCAAACAAGACUGUGUGGAUAUUCAACGGCUUCUUCUUUUUGUACGUUGGCGCGGAGGUGACUGCUGGAGGUUGGCUUGUGCAGUUCCUUGUUUCGGUGAGAAAUGGCGACCCUACCAAAGUAGGAUAUAUUGCGUCCGGCUUCUGGACCGGCUUUACCUUGGGCCGUGUUGCUUUAGCGGAUAUCACGCAUCGCUUGGGUGAACGGCGCAUGGUAUUCGUUUAUACCGCGUUGGCUGUGGCAAUGCAGCUUUUGUUCUGGCUAGUCCCAGACAUCACUAUCAAUGCAGUAACAGUGUGUUUCCUGGGUUUCUUUAUCGGUCCUUUCUACCCAGUUGGACUCUAUGUCCUCACCAAGGUCAUCCCAAAAGAACUUCACGUGGGAGCAAUGGGAUUCACUGCCAGUCUUGGACAGGCCGGGUCCGCUGCAUUCCCUUUCUUAACGGGAGCGGUGGCCUCCCAGGCCGGCGUCCAGGUUUUACAGCCCAUCAUGCUGGGGCUGCUCAUUGGAAUUGCCAUUUUCUGGUGCUUCGUCCCUAGACAGAGACCAAUCACGCUUUAAGUAGAUGUAGAAAGGCCAUAGUGGCGCUACAUUUGAGAUGCGGCGCUAUAGCCUACGCGUCGGUAGUUUUGCUAUGUUGAUAAAUAACAUUUCAAUCCUUGGACCGAUGUGGUUUGAUGAAGAUAUGCUGCUUCCAUGAAUAUCACGAGUGUCAUGUUCUCAAUGAAGUUGAGAAGCAUUUUCACUUCGCAGCUGAUCGUUCAAGCACCCUCUCUAGGCGCGCGUCUGGACCACAACAUAGAUGGCAAAUCGUACCCUAUUUACAGGGUGUUUGCACCGUCGAUGCAUAUGAUCA